AAGCAGCUCUGGCCAUCAAAACCUGCCUCUUCCCAGCCAUAGACUCUUGUUCUGUCUCAGGUGAUAGUCCGGAAUUAAGCCAUCACUUGUGUCAUUCACCCACAAUGGAAGAAAUGAAGAAGACUGUCAUCCAGCUGCCCAGAAGCAGCCAGAAGCCUAUAAAGACUGAAUGGAACUCCCGGUGUGUCCUUUUCACCUAUUUCCAAGGGGACAUCAGCAGCGUGGUGGAUGAGCACUUCUCUAGAGCUCUGGGAAACAUCAAGAGCCCCCAGGGGUUGAGCCCUUGGGGCCAGAGUAAAGAUGUCAUCCUAAGGAAUGAUAGUGACAUGCCUCCAAAUCAAUGGCGUAUCUCUCCUCCAUGGACAAAGCCACAGCCAGAAGUAUCUCUUGCAAAUGGUGUUGCCAGCCGCAGCUUGAAUGUGCCUGAUCCCGUGGCUGUGGCUCAGUUCCCGCACUCCCUGACUGGGAGCCCCUCCACUCAGCCUGCGGAGCUGUGGCAUUUAUCCUCCCUAGCCAGCCCCAGCUCCCCAGAGCCUUGCUACCCUCAUGCAAUCCUCUCUGGGCACCUGGCUCCAGAGCCCCGUCCUGAUGGGAAAUGUGAGCCCCUCCUAAGUCUCCACCAUCGAGACAAAUGCUUAGCUCGUCCUCAGGAAUCUGCCACGAGAGAGGAUUACAACCCUGUCCAGAUAGCUGGAAGCACGGGAUUGCUCCUCAAUCUGCCUCCCGGCUCAGUCUACCAUAAGAAAAUACAUGUCUCCCCCAACCGUGGACCUGCCAGUAGUAGCCUUGCAAAUGAAACACCGAACCUUUGGGGCCACCCACGUGGAUGCCUGCAGCAUCUUUAGUCAAGUUGGAGGAGAAAGGCAAGGCUCCAAGACAUGGCAGCAAGACCUCCCUCCAGAUGGUUCCAGAUAAAAUAACAAUUUCUCAAAGUUAUUCAUCUCUGCAAUCUGGUAGACAGCCUUGUGUCUAGUGUGAGCUGGGUACCUGCCUGGUG